UUUUAGUAUAUUUGGUCUGGAUCAGUUUAUCGGAAGGGAUUGUUUCUUGCCAACAGUCAUCAUGUUUUUGGGAUAUGGUUUAGCUGUUGCAUCGUCAACAUAUUGCCUUUCUUUCUUCUUUUCAGACCAUACUAUGGCUCAGAAUGUAGUUCUCUUGAUCAACUUUUUCUCUGGACUCAUUCUUAUGGUCAUAUCUUUCAUUAUGGGGCUUAUUAAGUCAACUGUUAGUGCAAAUUCUUUUCUCAAGAAUUUCUUCCGACUAUCUCCAGGGUUUUGCUAUGCUGAUGGGCUUGCAUCACUAGCUCUUCUGCGUCAAGGGAUGAAAGAUAAAUCUAGUGAUGCAGCUUUUGAUUGGAAUGUAACUGGUGCCUCUAUAUGCUAUCUUGGUGUUGAGGUUUAUAUCUUCUCAUUUUUUUUUUAA